AGAUGAGACAUCCUAAAAAAAUAUCAAACAAGUUUGAUUUUCUGCUUGACCUUUCUAAGAAAGUGAAUACAAUGAAAAUAAGAUGGGAAAACAUUUCAUUUUUGGGACAUUUGAAGUCAUUCAUUUCCAGUGUCUCCAGUAAAUGUAAUGUGUCUCAUACAAGAAACCAUGUGUCUGCCCCUGUCUUAUACAGUGACUGUGUAAGUCAAAUGGUCAUUUUACUCUCAUUUCCAAAGGGUCCUUGAAUUGAAUUAUAUAGUUUUUAAGAACAUUUGAACAGGUAGAACACUGUUUAUUGUUGUACAAUUCAGUUGAUCCUGAUCCUUAGACCCUGGUGGUAAAUGUUGAAUUUGUUUUUGUGCAGACACACCCUCUGGGGAGCCUAAUGAAGAGAAGUCAUUCCUCUGUGUUGGUGAUGGAGCUGAGGGAAAACUCUCUAUGACGAGGAGAUGUUUGAUGUAACUCCUGGAAAAGGCAAAGGACAGAGUCAGAUGGAGAAGAAUGGCAGCAGGAAGGAAGGGACUACCCUGAUUGCAGGUCACAGUGGGUUGUGCACCACUCCGAACUGUCCCACAUUAACACAGGUCAAGUCUGGAUAACAACAAUCUAACUGCGUUUAGCACAGGAGGCUCUGAUCAUGGAGCACGGCUGCUCCUGCUGCGACAGCCGGCAGCAGUGAGAUCGGCGCUGCCGGAAGCAUGUGGUCUGAGAUGGCUCCAUGUACGACUCUGUUCUGGUGCUAAAUAUACAAUAAUAAAAAGGCUGGAAGAUCAUUUGUGACUGAGCUACGUUUCCUCUCCCGCAAGCAGAAGACAGGACCAAGGAUGAGACAGACGUCUCCAGAUCACCGGGGGACAUUAAGCGAUAAUUACAGAGAAAGAUGAGGUUGUUCCCUCUUAUGCCUCUCUCUUCCUCUUCCUCGUACUCUGCCACCACAGAGGAAAGUGGCGUCUCUAGAGCGAAGAGGGGCGCCUGCUGUAUUAGACUCCCAAUGAUUGGCUAUGAUUGCAUUGUCUGAUCCCAUAAGGGAUAAAAGGACAGCAGCACACACUCUCUUACCACAUGCCUGUGUUUCAUUGCUCGGUGAAGACUGCCUUCUCAGAACUCAUAAAUGGCUUUUUUUUUUUGGAAACAUCCUCAGAAAUGAAGUCCUAAAAAGAAAGCAAGAUUCAAGCGCCAACUUUCUUUAUCUCUUUGAUAUUCUCUCUCUCUCUCUCUUUCUGACACACAGACGCACACUCAUACUCCCCUAUGUACUUGACUUCACCACCAGUCCACCACACUUCUCCGCAGCUCUUUGAUCCCCGGUCGAGGGUCCUCUCCGCGGUGCCUCUGUCUGAAUUCCAAAGAUUCUAGGAUAAUUCAAACGUUUCACGGCACAUACUUGGUCCCCCCAGGAGACAGCGGUAGAGAUGGAAAAUGCCACCAUCGUCCCAAGCUCUCUCUCCCUCCAUUGUCCCUACUCUUUAAUCAGGCCCUCUCUGUGGCUCACGCUGCCACCGUGGUGUGUUGUCCCAGCCUGGGAAAAUGCCGGCCUAAGUGGCUGUUAUGUGCUGAGGCGCAGACCACAGGGACCCAGAGGGGUGCUGCUGGAGCCCACUGUGCCAGCCGCGGGUCUCACAGUGGCUAACACACACAAUGAGUGAGGUCUCAAAUCUGGAGGCAGCCUCACACGAGUGCCAGUGCUACAUCUAUUUACUUGAGCGUUCGUCCGUAAAUCAUACAUCAUAAUAGUUGUGGGCGUUUGCCAUACCCAAAUGGUAAAUCAAGACAAUUAUUUAUUCCGGAAUGGUUGCUGGGUGUAAACGGACAUAAAACUGCCAUACAGAUAGGGCAUGAUUGCAGAAACACCGGUGAGAGCGCUCGGCUGUAGAAGGUCUGCGGGGAGGGAGUUUCCUGCCCUUGUGUCAACACAUGACCAAACCGAAGGCUCUAAGAUUCCCUGAGUCAGAGGCAGGACUAGGUCAGGAACCAGCAGCACCUCACUGUUGAACCCGUUUAAUUUUCGAGACUUGUGUUAUGCUCGGGCAGGAGGGUCAUCCAACGGUUGGCCUGCCGCUCAGAUGCACACAACACUUCUUCAGGUCAAGUUUACAGAAACUGAAUUAAAAUCCUACUAGUUUAUACUGGUUUAUAGUUAGUGCUUACAAGCACGGACUGAGUUUUUAUGAUGUGUCAUAAAUUUCAUUUUCAAAAGAGGGUGAGUAUGGAGGCUGAUGUACGCCUACUCUGUGGUUUCUCCAGGCCACCACGAAGCCUUUGUAUUCACUCUGUUUGCCAUGGGAAAAUAUCUGAAACAAAUAAGUUGCCUGGUCGGCACCCAUCAUUGUAAAAAACACUUCUAAGAACUGUGGAUUGCGCUGAGCGGGUGUGGCGCAGUGCUUAAGGAACUACUUGUUUACUCUUACUGUGUCAAGAAAUAGAAAAACGAACUAUUUUCUCUCCAAGAUGGAAAGCGAAUAAACAAGUAUUCUUGAGCAGACAUUGUGGGCAGGCGCAAGCCGCCUGUGGUUGUGCAGCAACAUGGUGAACUUGGUAUGAGCAUGAGUGUGGCACGUUGAGGUCGUUCCCCCAAAACAUCGUCACAAUCACCAUCAUUAUCAUCAGUCUCACUACUGAUAAGCUUUGUAAAGAGGAAAGACAUGCCUAUCUUUGUGUGGUAAAUUUAAAAAAAAUAAUAUGAGACAAGAUGAUAUGGGAUAGGAUUCACGAUAUCAGGUUUUAAUGUAUUGAUGUUCAUUGUAUUUUUAAUAAUAUAUCAACUUCCAGAAGAAAUCCAAAAGACUGCAGGCCACAUGAAGAAAAAUGUAGGUCAGCAACAGAAAGGCUAAAGCAAGGACUGUAAUAACUGAAGAAAAUUUGCUAUCUCACAUUUUUAUAUCUGGGCUUAUUUAAUCAAGUUUUGUAAAUAUUUAAAUGGAUUUAUUCACAAUCCAUUCCCUUUACUAACUUUUUUAUGUAGUAUUAUUAUCAAAAUAGUAGUAAAUUAUUAUUAUUAUUAGAAGUACUAGUAGUAGUAGUAGUAGUAGUAGUAGUAGUAAUAAUAAUAAUAACAAUAAUAUUAUAAGAAUUUCCCUCAGCGGAUGAAUAUGCUAAUUUCUCACUCUGUUUCCUUUCUGCUGAUUGGGCAAAGUCUUGACGUCACUGUUUCUGGAACGCAUUUUUAUAUCUGGGCUUAUUCAGUCAAGUUUUGUAAAUAUUUAAAUGGAUUUAUUCACAAUCCAUUCCCUUUACUAACUUUUUUAUGUAGUAUUAUUAUCAAAAUAGUAGUAAAUUAUUAUUAUUAUUAGAAGUACUAGUAGUAGUAGUAGUAUUAGUAGUAGUAAUAAUAAUAAUAACAAUAAUAUUAUAAGAAUUUCCCUCAGCGGAUGAAUAUGCUAAUUUCUCACUCUGAUUCCUUUCUGCUGAUUGGGCAAAGUCUUGACGUCACUGUUUCUGGAACGGAAGUAGAUGCGAUGGCUCUGAAGAAUCCAGGAUUGUAAUUCUUGCUAUUGUCAGUUUUUGGUAUUUUAAAUAUACCUGUGCAACAGGUAUACUCAUAAUUUCACAGGUGAGGACCAACAUGUUACGGACAUGGAAGUCCCCUGUUAUCUACCAAAGCUGAUGUUCGAACUAAAUGAGCAGCGAAAGAGAGACUUCUUUUGUGACUGCAGCAUCCUUGUGGAGGGAAGAGUCUUCAAAGCCCACCGUAAUGUGCUGUUUGCUGGGAGUGGCUACUUCAGGGCUUUGUUGGUUCACUAUUUGCAGGACAGUGGUCAACGUUACAGCACAGCAUCACUGGACAUAGUAACUGCUGAUGCCUUCUCAAUCAUCCUGGACUUUUUGUACUCGGGUCGAUUGGCCCUGAACAGGAGCAAUGUCAUUGAGGUGAUGUCUGCUGCCAGCUACCUGCAGAUGACUGACUUGGUAAACUUCUGUAAAGAAUACAUCCGAUCGUCUUUGGAAAUCUGCAACAAGGACAAGGAAAGAAACGGGGAGAAAAAAGAACAGACACAGAACGGAGGGAUGUGCCCUGCAGAUAGUGGCACUGCAGCUGCAGCAGUCACCAGUGGUGAAGAAACCACUGAGCCUCAUUCAGAGGUGGCUGAGGCAGAAAGAGGGGCAGGUUUGGGGACAGAGUCAGUGACCUCACCUAGAACCCCCUUGUCAAUCCCUGUUAAUACUUCCCCUGGAACUAGCAGGGACAUGGACAGUGAUUAUCAUUCCAGGGAGGAGUUCACAGCUGGGAGUGAAACACAGAAAGGACACAUGGAUCAGACCAACCUCUCAUCCUCUUCAUCUUCUGCUUUGACUCCAGAGUUAGUCAAUCCCAAGAUAGAAUAUGACCAUGACGAAGAACUCAUGGCAUCUCCUGACACAAAAGAGCUUUCCACUUUCCACCCUGGGACAGCUCUGCAUAAUCCUCAUCAUAACAGGCUUCUUCCCAGUAUGCACCCCUCCUUGGGAUACAGCUCUUCUUUUAAUGCAAGACAGGUGAUGGAACUGCUGGCAAGAGGCGAAGGUCCUUUGGGAGAACGAGCAGGACAGCGGUUCUCUCAAGGACUGGGAAACAGCACAGGAGGAGUCCGAAUGGACGAAAGUUUAGCUUUUGUGGGAUCGUCUAUCAUGGAGAUCCAGACCGAUUGGCUUGGAGAGGAUGCAGGCGAUGGCUUAGUAGUGCCAGUGAAACUCCACAAGUGUCCAUUUUGCCCCUACACAGCCAAGCAGAAGGGCAUAAUGAAAAGGCACAUCCGUUGUCACACGGGAGAGAGGCCCUUCCCCUGUCACUUGUGUGGCAAGAGGUUCACACGGCAGGAGCACCUUCGCAGCCAUGCCCUCAGUGUUCACAGGCACUACUGGCCCGUCUCGUGUAAGAGCUGCAGGCGAUCUUUCACUGGGUCCAACGUUUCGCCAGGACUCAGACGCUUCGGUAUCUGUGACAGCUGCAAUUGCGUGACCACUACUCAUGAUGACACUGCUCCUGUGCACGCAGCUAGCCAACCAGAGGCCCUUGAGCGGGCGGAUGGGUCCACAGAUUGGUCCAGUUUUAUGGAUGACGUGGAUGAAGUUGAGGUGGGCAGAGUGGAGGACUUGGUGGAGAAACAGAUGCUUGAAAGGCAGCUCACUGUCUGCACUGAUGUGGGUCACACAGUAUGAACGCUGACUCAACUGUACUCUGAGAACAGACAAAAAGCACCACUUCAACACUGAAGUUUUCUGCUUUGCUGCUGUACACAGUGGUCAAACCACAGCUGUAGCUAUUUAAUAAUUAUUGAAUGAUAGGCCUAUUUAUUGAUAUGCAACCAUGUUAUUUUAUCUUCACAUUUGAAGAUAUUGUGCGUCAACCUUUUAAUUCAGAAAUCAAUAUUGACGUUUUUGCGAAUGUCUUAAAAUUCCCUGCUCAUGUGUCACGCAAAUGUACAGAUUCGCCGGAAUGCUGAACAUAAAGACAAAGUUGCUGUAAAAA